GUUCUUGGGUAUUCUAUGAUCGAGGGGAGAAAUCAAACACUCCGGGCGAUUCAAUCGUGCACCAAGCUCUCCGCGGCGUCGACGCUCCACUCCCGCAUUCGCGACCUCGUCCGCGACGACGAUGUCUUCCUUCUCAACAAGCUGAUCGAGAUGUAUGGGCGAUGCGGCAGCUCCAGCGACGCGCGCCGGGUCUUCGACGCCCUCCACGGCUCCAGAAAUCUCGAUCUCUUCUCAUGGAAUCUCAUGAUCGUGGCCUACAUCCGCAAUGGCGGGAUCAAUCGAGCGAGGGAGCUCUGGGACGCGAUGCCGGUGAGGAGCUCGGUGGCUUGCACGGCGAUGAUCGUUUCGUAUGGGCAGAGUGGAGAUCUUCACAAGGCGGAGGAGAUUUUCACUCUCGCGAUCGAGAAGGAUGUUCUUUGCUGGACUGCGAUGCUGGAAGCAUAUGCCCAGAAUGGGCAUCUGGAGGAAUCGACAAGGGUGUUUGAUUCUAUGCCUUUUUGGGACACUGUUUCGUGCACCGCUAUGCUGGUUGCAUACUCGGAGCUUGCUAGUCUUGGAGAAUCGAAAAGGAUAUUUUCUAUGAUCAAAGAGAAGAACAUUGUCUCGUGGACAGCGAUGAUCACAGCAUUUGCCCGGAAUGGGGAGUUUGCGUCAUCAAAAGAGGUAUUUGAUCGAAUGCCUUUGCACAACUUGGUUUCUUGGAACUCACUCUUGACUUCUUUUGCACAAAACAGGAACUGCGAGGAGGUGGAAAACUUCUUCUCUUCGAUUCCCGAGUGGGACAUGGUGUCUUGGAACGUCCUCGCUGCUGCGUUUGCGAAGGAAGGGCGAUUGGACGAAGCUAUGGAGGUUUUCCAUCGCAUGCCCGAGCAGGACUUGGCUUCCUGGAGCUUGAUGAUCACUUGCAGCAUCGAAAAGGGCCGGUUUGAUCAAGCGAGAGCGCUCUACUGGUCGAUGCCCGAGCAAGAUCUGGUGCUCGUCACCACGCUCAUCAGUGCUUUCUCUCAGCAAGGCCACCUCGAGGAAGCAAAGUUUAUGUUUGAUACGCUUCCACAGAAGAACCUCGUGGCCUGGAACUCCAUCCUGGGAGCUUACGUUCGUCACGGCCUGGUGGAAGAAUCAAAGGAGCUCUUUGAUGCCAUGCCGGAGCGAGACUCCUUCUCCUGGACUUCGAUCCUCGCGGCUUACUUCCAAGCAGGAGAUCUCGUCACUGCCAGAAGAAUGUUCGAGGCAAUGCUGGAUCGAAACUCGGUGUCCUGGACGGCGAUGCUUGCGGCCUACGCUCAAAACGGACUUCCCGACGAGGCAUUCGAGAUAUUCCACUCGAUGAAGCUCGCUCACGCCUUGGACGAUGUUUGUUUCGUCUCGGUGCUCGUUGCGAGCAGCCACGCAGGGAAAGUCUACGAUGCGAGGCAGUGGUUUCUCUCGAUGAUCAUGGACUAUGGGAUCGAGCCUUCCAAGCACCAUUUUUCGUGCAUGGUGGACAUACUUGCUCGAGCCGGGCACUUGGUGGAGGCGAGAGAGCUCAUCGCGGACAUGCCGUUUGUGCCGGAUGGUGUCGAGUGGAAGUCCUUGCUGGGAGCUUGUAGAGGCCGGAACGAUGUCAGGCACGGGAAGAAAGCCGUGACGAGCGUUUUGAGCUCCGGAGACAUGGGAGACUCGGCUGUGUACGUGCUUCUGUCAAACAUGCAAGCUUUCGCGUGAUUGAGAACGAUUAAUAUCGACUCAGAGCAGCAAGAUGGAAGACACUCUGCAAAAGACAAAACUACACGAGUUAGAGGUAACCUUUCUUUCCUAGAGAGAAGCGAGUAACACGAUUGAGAGCAGUGCAAGGCGGAGCCAAAGCCGCAAUCGCGGCUAUGUCCAAGCAAGCAAGAAUCCGGUGAGGCCACCAGAACUCGUCCAGACUAGGCGAUCCUCCACUUCGAGCUGCAAGCUCAGAAGGCUUGGAUGUGGCAAACAAGGUGGUGGAAUUUUGUUUUAUCCAAAGACGCAUUGCGGUUUGAGAUACACUGGGAAUUGGAAUCGCUUAUGGUUUUCCAAUUUAGGUAGCUUCUUAUCCCCUCUUCUCACACUGCAAGUGUGGAUAAAAAGAGGCAGUAUGGUCCUUUGACCUAUAGUGCAUUCGUUUGGUUUUGAGAGGUGGGUGCUCAAUGUCUACGUUUCUUAUGGUUAUGUGCCUUAUGUGCCAUAACCACUCU